GUGGGCUGAAAUGAUUGUUCGCUGUUUUCUGUAAUCACUUGAAGUGUCAUUGGCACCAUUUUAUGAUGCUGAUUCUGUAUUCAUAGGAGCCCAGGAUGCUGCGUCUGCGUUGCAAGGCCAAAAAUGGGACCCAUCUAAUGCAGGGCCUCACACACCAAUCCUGUGUCCAGGAGCUGAAACACAAGGUAGAGGAGCUUACCGGGAUCCCGUGUGAAGUCCAGAAAAUCAUGGUGGGCUAUCCUCCCUCUAGCCUUGACUUUCGCGAUGGAGAUGCCACCCUCAAGGACUACCCCAUCAAAUCAGGAGACACGCUCAUUGUGGAGGAGGAGAAGAACAAGCCCAAGCCCCAGACGACACCCACGCCUGCGGCGCCCACCAAUGUGCCCAAGGGGCCCUCCCUGGACAACACCGGGCCAACGCUAGAGCGGCGGGUGGUGCCGGCCGACAACUCCUGCUUGUUCACCAGUGUGCACUACGUGGUGGAGGGCGGCGUGUAUGAGCCGACGUGCGCCCCCGAGAUGCGCGGCCUCAUUGCCCAGAUCGUGGCCAGCGAUCCCACUGCCUACUCGGAGGCCGUGCUGGGCAAGACCAACGACGAAUACUGCACCUGGAUCCGGCGCGAAGACACCUGGGGCGGCGCCAUCGAGGUGUCCAUCCUCUCCAAAUUCUACCAGUGCGAGAUCUGCGUGGUGGACACGCAGACGGUGCGUGUGGACCGGUUCGGCGAGGACGCCGGUUACCAGAAGCGCGUGAUGCUCAUCUACGACGGCAUCCACUACGACCCGUUGCAGAAGGUGGCGGCGGGCUCGGACACGCCGCCCCAGACGGUGUUCUCCACAACGGACGACGUGACACUGGCACAGGCCCUGGAGCUGGCGGACGAGGCACGGCGCAAGCGCCAGUUCACGGACGUAAACCGCUUCGCGCUGCGCUGCAUGGUGUGCCAGAUGGGCCUGGUGGGACAGAAGGAGGCGCGGCAGCACGCCAAGGAGACCGGCCACACCAACUUUGGGGAAGUGUGAGCAUAGAAGCAGAGGAAACAAAGGGAUGGUCUGCUGAUCUUACCACCAAGCCCUGCUUUCUUCCCCCCCCACUCCCUUCACCUUCACGACCACCAAUAACGUUACCCCUUCCUGCCCACCUCACAUAACCUCCCCCACUAAAGAACACUUGCCUCAGAGCCCUCACCCUCCUCCUGACCCUGCCGCACCUCACGGCUACCCACCCCAGUGUGUGCUGUCGUCUACCUCACAUUGCCCAGCACAGCCAAGAGACGCUCCCUCAGUCGCACUGUCUGGUCCCACCACGUCAGUAUUAAAAGCCGAUCGUCCUUCCUCUCCUGAGGUGAAAGACUGCUGUUUCAGUGUUCCUGUGGUGUCUUAGUUCUCAGAAAUCAGCUCAGUAUUGUAAGCUAACACAGAGACACAAACACAAAUGCAUAAUGGUGGACCAUCUUAUGGGUUUGAGCACGUAGGCCGACAAGAGGUUUCUCUUGAAACCAAAACAAACAAAACACACGUAACUUUCAUUCUCACACAGAAUGCCUUUAUCGAAGCAUCUCACUACACUGCUGUGGCACUACUGCAAAACCCUUGUGUGUGUGUGUGUGUGUGUGUGUGUGUGUGUGUGUGUGUGUGUGUGUGUGUGUGCGUGCGUGUGCGUGUGUGUGUGCGUGUGAGAGAGAGAGAGCGAGAGAGUGAGUGAAUUAUGAGUGAAUGACAUUUUUUGUCAAGUCUUGGACUCUUAAGAGCCUACUUGACACCCAGGUUGGAAGCUCUACACAAGUUCUCAGUAUCUGUUGGUACACUAAUUGCUGUUACUUGAAAAAAUAAAACAAACAAAAAAAAAGUAGUCACGGAAGAUCAAACUGAGUAUCUUAGUUAGACGAUGGACAAUUACUAGCUUUAAGUGGCAUCAUUUGUUUUGUAUGAAAGGACUUCUUGAUUUUGUUGUUGUUUGUUUUUUAUGUUUACUUGACAAGGGAUUAAUGAAUUUACCAUUUCCUCUGAUGCAGACUACCGAGGAUGGCAAUGGUGCUACAAUUUAAAAUGAUAAUUUUAUUGAUUUCUUUUUUGGUAAAUGUUUGGGCUUGGCUAUGAUGCAACAGGAACCUGUGAUUGGUGAUGGCUUGAUUUCAGUGUAUUGUUACAUUUUUUUUAAGCAUUUUCUUUCAGAUUACCAAACGAUGUCAUGCAGGACCUUUUGCAAACUUGGAUGAAGUGAUUGUUUUUGGUUCUGAUUUUAAAUCAGGGGAUAAUAAAGAGUGAUGGUGGUUUGA